AUGUUAAAAUCAACGUAUAAACCCUCCUCGAAUGCCCCACCGCCUCUACCUCCUGGUUGGACAGAACAUAAAGCACCUACCGGCCACACAUACUAUUACAACGCCAAAACGAAAGAAUCAACAUAUACACGACCAGCUGCGCCACCAAUUCCAACAACAGAAGCUGUUGCCCAACCUACUCCGCCUCCUCGAGACCCUCACGCCAGUUUCUUCCAGUACUCGACCGUACCCCAACUCUCCGACCCCGCGACAGCGAACGCCUUCCUCGCCCAGUAUGACCCAGCGCGACAACGGCAAGCGCAGCAGCAGCAACAUGGAGGGCGUGGCGGACGCCGUGGGACCCCAGAUGGGAGAGGGGAUCGCCCGCGCCCGCAGCCCAACGACAAGCCAAAGUCCAAGGUCGCCAUUCCAGGUUGCGAGCCGUGGCUGCUGGUGUACACCAAAUACGGUCGCCGGUUUGCGUAUAACCCUGUCAAGAACGCAAGCUACUGGAGGAUACCUGAGAAGGUAAUGAAGGGCGUGCUCGAGUUAGAUAUUAAAGGUGCUCAGGAGAAGGCCGCUGGUAUCCAAGGCCAAAGAGCAAAUACCGAGGGAUCUACGUCCGCGGAACCUCAAAGAGAAGUUUCUGCUGGUGUGGCAGCUAGCGAAGUAGAAGACCAGGUUGAUAUAGGUUCCGAUUACGAAGAAGUGGAGGUCACGGAUGAUGAAGGCGAAGAAGGAGACGAUGCCGAUGAACACCACGCAAAACGCCAGCGUACGGAAGAACCCACAGAAGAUAUGCCGGUCGAAUUCAACGAGGAUGACUUUGCCUAUCAACUGCAAGCAAUGGGUGACGAUUAUGGUCUCGACCCCGGCGAAUAUGACGAUGGGAACCCCGACGCGUGGCCCGAAGGUGCUGAGGGUCUGCCUCUCUCCGACGCAGAUGCGAAAGAGUUAUUCAAAGACCUAUUAAAUGACUAUGGUAUCAACCCCUAUUCGCCGUGGGAGAAGCUGAUUGAGGAGGGCCGCAUCAUCGACGAUUCGCGAUAUACUGUGCUUAACACCAUGAAAGCCCGCAAAGAAGUCUGGGAGGAGUGGAGCCGUGAACGGAUACAGAUUCUGAAAGAGCAGCGCGCCAAGGAAGAAAAGAAGGACCCCAAGAUCCCUUACCUUGCAUUUCUGCAACAGAAAGCAACGCCUAAAUUGUACUGGCCUGAAUUCCGCCGGAAGUAUAAAAAGGAACCGCCCAUGCGCGAUUCUUCCCUCAACGAUCGCGAUCGCGAGAAGUGGUACCGCGAACAUAUCAAUCGACUAAAGCUUCCUCCGGAUACCCUUAAGAAAGACUUGACUGCACUACUACGCAGUGUAUCCCUUCGUGACCUCAACAAGACUACUCAUCUAGCAAAUCUCCCUCCGCAAGUGCUCGCCGAUGUGCGCUACAUCAGUCUCGACCCGCAGACGCGAGACCCCUUAAUCGAAGCGUACAUCCAGACGUUUAGUCCUCCACCUACGGAAGAUAAGAUCGAAGAGGACGAGGCAGCGCAGAAAGCGAGGGAGGAGCGGAGGAAGCGGGAGAAGGCGCUCGAAGAGCGUGAGCGCGUCGUAGCCGAGGAAAAGCGCCGACAAAAGCGACAAUUGGAAUAUGGAAAGGCCACCUUAAGAGAGGAAGAGCGCGAACUGGAAAAGGCGAUGAAUGUGGGCAAGAAGGGUUUGCAGAGUCAACUGUUAGCUGCGCAAAAGACCGGCGAGACCGGUGAGUAA